AUGGUCAAGUUCGAUUGGCUCGAACGAUUCAAGAAAUGGGAGGAUUCAGCACUAAAUUCUAGUAGCGCACGCAGCCUGUCGACUCGUUACGGACAAGAGAAGAUGGGGGAAACAGAAUGGAUCUGCAAUCCUGACAGCGGUUGUGCUUCAAAACCAAAUCCUCUUAGCAUUCUGGAGUUUGUGGACGCGACGGAAACAGGUUUGAGUCGGGAUGAGAAAGUGGAGGAAGCCCAGGCUAGGUACUGGGCUGCCAUGUCAUUCUGGCUAAUUUUCAGCUCUGCAAGUAACACGAUGAGAGUCAUCAGUGGUGCGAUUGCUUAUGUGAUUCCAAGAAUAGACAGCAUCAUCUCUAGGUUCACCAAACAAGAUGACCCCACAGCCAUACUUUAUUGCCAGCUUAAGACUUGGGCCAUUCAACUCAGCUGGGGAAUCUCCAUGGAUUUUAUUGGAAUGGGCUUUGGAUUUAUACCCGCAGGUCAAGCCGCCAGUACAGUUGCUAAAAUGGCCGAUAUGGCCAUGAGAAAUGUGCCGAAAUAUAUCGAGGGUUUGAAAUACCAUAUCGAGUUCGGGCUACCAAUUGCGAACGGCAUUUUAAAAGCCAAAAAGCACCCUGUUGGUAAUGAAGGAGGCUCGGUGGACUUCUUACGCCUUAAAGAAUCAUACACCAGUGAUCUUUGGUGCGGUCAAAUGGAUGGGAUUACUGGCACCGGAGCCGACACCCCGACCCGAAUUUCUGAUACUGGCUUCCACUUGAGCGCAAUCUUUAUGGAGUAUCUCGCUACGCUCAGUGACGCAUACAGAUCACUCAACGGACUCAGACCAGAUGUGCCUGGGUCUCACAAAAUGAGUGAGUGGAUGUACAGCGCUGAUUACGAAGAUACCAUUCACCGUCUGGAAACCUUUGAUAUCGCCAAGGAGGCUAAGAGCUGGGGUCAACGACUGGAGGGCUACCUGAUUUCUGCUGCAUGGGCCAGUAACAAGUGUUACAUGAAAUGCCAAAUCAACAUGGAUCCAGAGACCGUCUUGGAAAAAUGCCAUGCCCCUGAAUCGGCCGAGAUGAGAUACUGCCCUGCUGAUGAACCUACUACAUUGUGCCAAUACAGCUGUUGGACAAUGAUGAACAACGGUAAUCACGAAAAGGGGCUCAUCGGUCAGGAUUCGCUUGAAAUGUUCGGCUUCAGCACGGCAGAACUCGGGCAAAAUUCCUGGGAGCACUAUAAAGAGCUCCGCAACAACUACUUCAAGCCGGAGCUGGAUCUCGAGAACGGAAAAGAGUUCACGUUUAACAUGGGUAAAUCAGCCCUCACUCUUUCGGUCUCGAGCAGCGACACCAACAUCGUCGCUGACAAUCCCCUCAAGAAGUCCAAGAACUUUCCAUGCUUUUCCGGACGCGACUACCGAGGCCUCGAUACCGAAGCCUUUAUGUAUCGCUUGGGUAUGGGACCUGGCCACACGGACUGGGGAGAAGCGACCAAGGGCAAACCACGUGCCUGGGAGACAUUCCAACACCGCUGUCCCGAGGAAACGCUUGAGAUGAAACCUGUCACCCGCUAUCUGAACCUCAUCUGUGGACUGCACCUGUCAUGGCCCGACAAAACCGACAAAAAGACCAAGCUCCUCCAUCACCGCAUCAUGAAGCCCGAUAUCCACGGAGAUAACCUCGAAAUCUGUCAGUCGCUGCGAGCCAAGACGGCCGACAUGAACGAAGAAACAGCCAACUAUCUCUUCUGCACGGCAGGCUGGGAAGAAGCUCAAAAGAUCUUCGCCCGCGAGAGAAACUGGGUCUACACGGAUUUCAACGCUCAUUGGCAUAUGGGUUCUGGCCGCAAAACUAUCUACAGUCAUCAGGUGCGCUGCCAACAAUAUGUCAAGAACUUGCCUGCGGAUUUUAAGGUCGAUGAUAAGUGGUUGAUUGCGGACUCCUCUGCGAAUGUCUCGAUGACGACUGGUGGUGAGGUACACCUUGAGGGUACUAUGUUGCAGUUGGCAAAUGAUGAGGAUAGGAAGGAGCCCAUUCCCGCUGAUGCGAAGCCGCUUGAUGAUUCGAUUGUUUUGGGUUAG